UUCGCCGGAGAAGCUGGGCAAAAAACGGAGCGACGCCGGAGUGAAGCCAUUUUCGGCGCCGGGCGAGCGAAUCCAGAGCGGGUCGGCGAUCCGCGCUUCCAUUUCCACCCCCGUUUUUCAACGUGGGGUGAACCCACCACGCGUGUCCUUCUGAAAAUCCCUGCCUUUCAUUGAGACUCGAUCCGGCCGCUUGUUUCUUUUUUACAUUUUUUUUCUGGCAGGCCAUAAUAUUUAGGGAAGAUGACCUCUGUAUUGGCUAGAAGCCAAAGCCUGGUCUCUGUCCCAGAAAUCUUGAUCAGCACGGCUGUUUUCUGCCUACUGCUCCUUCUCUUCAAAACCUGGCAACGGAUCCCAGCAGGGUUAAGGAAGCUCCGAGGGCCGAGGGGGUAUCCCUUUAUCGGAAACAUCUUGGACCUCGGGAAAAACCCUCACCUGGCUUUGACCGCGCUGAGCCAGAAGUAUGGAGACAUCAUGCUCAUUCACCUCGGCGCAAGGCCGGUCGUGGUGCUGAGUGGGUUGGAAACCAUCAAGCAAGCUCUGGUGAAGCAAGGGAGCGACUUUUCCAGGCGUCCAGACCUCUACAGCUUCCAGUUCAUUGGUGAUGGCCAGACUUUCACCUUUGGUCAGAAUUCUGAGGAAAGCUGGCGCGUUCGCCGAAAGCUGGCCCAGAACGCACUCAAGACCUUUGCAGGCUCCACCAGCCCAAACUCAUCGAUGUGCCUGCUGGAGGAACAUGUCUCCAAAGAAGCAGAGUACCUGGCCACCAAGUUCCGAGAUCUGAUGAAGGAGAAGGAGAGCUUUGAGCCCUUCCGGUACGUGGUCAUCUCCGUGGUCAACGUCAUCUGCGCCAUGUGUUUCGGCAAGCGUUACGACCACGAGGAUCAGGAACUUUUGAAGAUAGUGGACAUCAACAACGAUUUUGGGUUGGUGGCCGCCUCCGGAAACCCGGCUGAUUUCUUCCCGAUCCUCCAAUAUCUUCCCAGUCGCAGCAUGGAGGCUUUCAAAGAUCUCAACCGGAGAUUCAACGUGUUGAUGAAGAAGCUGGUGGAAGAACAUUAUGAGGGCUUUGACAAGAAUAACAUCCGAGAUAUCACGGACUCCCUCAUCAGCUUCUGCCAGGAUAAAAACCCAAACUUAAAUGCCAACGAUGACCUGAAGGAUAAGAACAUUGUUGGUAUCGUCAACGAACUCUUUGGAGCUGGAUUUGAUACUGUCACUACUGCCCUGUCCUGGUGCCUUCUGUAUCUGGUGACUUACCCAGAAAUCCAGAAGAGAAUUCAAGAAGAACUAGACCAAAUCAUUGGAAGAGAAAGGACCCCCAAGCAAUCUGACCGUGCCAUGCUGCCUUAUUCUGAAGCUUUUAUGUACGAGAUGUUCAGGCAUUCGUCCUUCGUUCCCUUCACAAUCCCACAUUGCACCACUAGAGACACUGCACUGAAUGGCUUCUACAUUCCAAAAGAUACCUGCGUGUUUGUGAACCAAUGGCAGGUCAACCACGAUCCGAAACUUUGGAAGGAGCCUUCUGUUUUCAACCCAGACCGAUUCCUUGCGACCGAUGGGACAGGAAUAAACCGAGCAGAGUGUGAAAAAGUGAUGACUUUUGGCUUGGGCAAAAGGCAAUGCAUUGGACAGAACAUUGCAAAAUGGGAGGUGUUCCUGUUUCUGACGACUUUGGUGCAAAAACUGGAAUUCACUCUGUCUGGCAGAGAGAUGAUGGAUGCAACUCCCCAGUACGGCCUGACCAUGAAAUACAAGAAAUGUGAACACUUCCGGGUCAAGCCCCGUUUCUAGCAUGGAAAAUCCAGAAAGAAUGGAGACUGACCCUUGCCCAGAAAGGAGGAAGAGGGGUUACAUAUUCUGAUAGGAUUUGUUGCUUGGUUUGGAGUGGCUCAGCCACCCCCAAUGAUGUUACUAGCUUGCUGCAAUGUAUAUCUGGGGAAUUUAUAUAUCUUGGGGAUAAUCUCAUUAGGUCUUUUAUUCACGCAAGAACAUCCUUUGAAUUGUCUCAGAACGUAAGCUGAUCUAAACAGGUGCUGGAUUUGAACCUUGAAUAAUCCUGUGUAUUUGUGACUGGACAAUUCACACUGAAUGGAAGGGUUUUUCCAACGUGGCGUUAUUUCAUGAGGUUCUUGCCACAGGUGUAAAAACUAUAUAGCAGGUAGAGCUGAGAAGCACCAUGAUGAAUUGUUACAGCUGGGAAGUCUUGCUGAAAAGGCAUUUCUAAAAUUCUGCGCUUCUAUUGGAACGCGGACAGGAUUUCCAUGUAUAAUAUACAGCAUAUUCUUUGUAUGUCAAAGGUAGAGUCCUUCAGACUUGUUGUCCAUGUGCAAGAGGAAUGUUAUCAACACAUCUAGGCACACCAAAGUAGGUAGCCAUCCAUAUGUGCAAAUUCCAGUUCUCCUUCUCAGAUGCUCAGCCAUACAAAAUAAAGAAGAUAGGUUGUUGUUGUUUUGCAAGGGAUAGCAUCUGGAACUUUGCAAAUAACAGGGAGAGAAGCAGAGUCCAAAUCAGGGGUCUCCAACCUUGGCAACUUUAAGACUUGUGGACUUCAACUCCACAAGGUUGGAGACCCCCUGAUCUAAAUCUUUGCAAGAGGACAGAAAUGCAACCUGGAUCUAUUUGCAAGAGAACGGGGUGCAGUGGAAGUAGAAUUUUGCAAGGUGACAUGGGUGGAAUCUGGAUCUAGAUCUUGGCAAACAAGAUCUGGGCCUAGAUAUUGGCAUAGGGAUGUUCUGGUCUAGAUCUCUACAAAGUGACAGGGAUGGGAUCUAAAUCAUUGCAAGAUUACAGGGAAGGGAUCGAUCUAGAAAGUAGGCGGGAUGGUGCUACCUAAAACCUAUCAUACACUUGUCUUUAUUGGCCAUUUGUGUCAUGACUUUGAACUUGCCGCUGUCUCUUAUCGUAAUCUACCUCGCAGGCUUUCUUAUAGAAGAAAUAAUAUGUAUACUUCCUUGGCAUUCUUAGAGGAAAACUGAAAUUAAAAUAUGACAAAAAUGAACUAAACAUAGGCAUUUUAAGUGUGACAACUAGGGAAUUAUGCUUGAUAAAGGUGCUUUGAAUUAUUAAAUGCACUUUAUGUCUCAAUUAUCUGCCUAAGAGGCACUGAUUCUGCUGAAGUGUGUGUCAAAUUCUAGCGUAGAGAUUAAAAUUUAGGGGACCCAGAAGGUCUCUAUGAAGCAUUGUAUAUAUUGUAAAAAUAAAAAUAAAAAACGGCUU